UAUUUCAUAUACAGCGUUGAGUACCAGCCUUACUUUACCAUUCGGAUACUUCGUAAUUAAAAUGGGACGAGAAGGACGGUUGUUUCUUUUAGCAUUUUUUGCUGUUUUCUUCAUUGCCAGUGCUAAACCAAAGCUAAAAAACCUUAAUCCAGUUGUUCUAAUUCCUGGAGAUGGAGGGAGCCAGUUUAAAGCAAAGUUGAACAAACCUAACACAGUGGCCAGUUACUGUAUCAAGAAAACAACUUACUACUAUGACUUGUGGCUCAAUCUGGAACAACUUGCACCAUUCCUUAUUAACUGCUUUGUAGAUAAUAUGAGACUUGAGUAUGAUAACAAGACAAGAACUACCCAUAAUUCACCUGGUGUUGACAUACUAAUUCCUGGUUUCGGCGAGACAGAGACUGUGGAAUGGCUGGAUCACUCGGAGAUCUCCCUAACAACGUAUUUCCACAACAUUGCUAAAGCAAUGAUCAGCUGGGGCUAUGAGAGGAAUGUGACCCUGAGAGGUGCACCUUAUGACUUCAGGAAAGCACCAAAUGAACUGCAUGGCUUUUUGGACAGUGUGAAGUCACUGAUAGAAGAGACGUAUUAUAAGAACAAUCGCAAUCAAGUCGUUCUUCUUGGCCACAGUAUGGGCAAUCCAGUUACUCUGUAUUUAUUGAAUCACAUGACCAGUGCAUGGAAAAAUAAAUUUGUUAAGAGUUUUAUAUCUCUGGCUGGAGUGUGGGGCGGAGCUGCUAAACCUAUAAGACUUAUGAUAUCUGGUGACAAUUUGAAUGUGCCAAUAGUCAAGUCAAUAAAUGUUCGACGCGAGCAGAGAAGUAUGCCAAGUACUGCAUGGUUAAUGCCGUCAGAUGAGUUCUGGGAUCCUGAUGAGGUCCUUGUUGUGGCCCCAACCAGAAACUACACAGUUAGAGAUUAUAAACAGCUCUUCAAGGACAUUAACUAUGAGACAGGUUACAUGAUGUGGGAAGACACCCAUUCUUUGAUAAACCCUCUGAAAGCCCCUGGAGUAGAAAUGCAUUGUUUACAUGGAUAUAAUGUAACAACACCCGGAAUGUUUGUGUACACCAAUAAAACAUGGAAUAAGAGUUACCCAAAGACCAUACCGGACAAUGGUGAUGGCACAGUCAACAUGCGUAGCCUGAUCGGAUGUUUGCGGUUUAGAGAACAGCAGAAACAGCAGGUUUAUCACCAGGAAUUCCUGGGAGCUGAACACAUGCAGAUUUUAAAUCGUGAAGAUGUGAUAGCGUAUUUAAAGAAAGUACUGGUCUCUCAAAGAUAGCAGCAUUAAAUUCUGUCGGGCUGAAAAUAAAUACUAUAAUAAAUAUGGGUGAUAUGAAUUAUUUUCCAGCAGUUUUUCUCCACAGCUAAUACAGUUUGCUUUCAAAUAUAGACAUAAAUGAUAAGGUGAAUGGAAAAGAAAUGGUUUGAAAUGAUGAUUUUUAAAGAAUAGGACAUAUUGAAACAAAACUGGUUUGAUUUGCAAGUUCAUUGGUAAUCUUUGAUAGCCAGUAGAUGGGGCUUACUGGGAAUAUUAAUUCACAAUUCUAAUAUCUGUUAAGUGCUGAAUAUUUCAACAAUUUUGCUAUUGUUUUUUUAAUCACUGUUUGUAAGCUUCCUGGAGGCUUAUACACAUUACCCGGUAGUUGCUAUUGUUAUGGAAUAGGAUGUUUUAGGAUAUAGAAUACACUGAAGUAAUGCAAGACUGUCUGUACUCAGAUUAAGAUGUAUAUUUUGUUACUUACUUUAGAAAAAAAAAAAGAAAAAAAGAAAGAAAAAAAAACAUUCCAGCAUUAAUCAUAAUAAGAAUUGCCAUCGCUAACUUGAUUCAGUCAGGACUUGUCUUUUAAUUCUGUUAGUGUUCUAAGGCACGCUUCAGAAAAAUACUUGGAAAGCAGUUUUAUUUUAGAAGCAUGUUAUUUAUGUGUUUACCAUUUUGUGUUAUAGUAUCCCAUGUACUUGCUUUCAGCUAUUUGGUCAUAGUGUUCUGUGUCUUUAGUCAAUGUCUCUGUGUCAAGGUAUGCCAUGCACUGCAAUAAACAAUUAUUCAUUCAGUUUUACAUAUUUUAAGUAUCUACUAGGACUGCUAUUUUCCAUUAGGAAUAACAAUGAAAAUAUUUUCUCACAAACCCAGUGAAUAGACUUUAUGCAUACAUUUUUCUACACACCAGAUGAAUUGUCUUUUUUUCACUAGAUAGUUUUUAGAAAUAGGCUGACUUCUAAGUGCCAUACAUUAUCAUAGGCUAUAACCAUCAGAAUUUUCACAAACUUGAAACCUUUUCAGCAGGAAUAAAAAACAGGUUUAAUUUUAGAUUCAGGGAAAGUUUUAUUGAGAAUAACAAUAUGACAAUUUGGAGAUAAUAACAUAGGAAAAUAAGAUUAUAACGUAGGAAAAUACAUGUUGUAUUGAUGAGACAAUGUGUGACAUAAAAGGAUGUUGAUUUGCAAGUUAGAUUAAUACAAAAGUUGAGCAAUCAAGGUUUGGGUGAAAAUCUUGAUUAUCUCCCUGUACACUCUGUUUGAUAUCAGAUUUAUAGCUGACACGGAGAAAAAGAAAAGAAAACAAAAGAAGUGAAAAGUUGUAUUAAAUAUUUUUUUUAUAAUCAUUAUAGAAUGUUUUUACGUUCAUGAUUUCAAAAGUGCCUUAACGGCCUUGACUCCUUCAACUGCUUUAUUUUCAUAUUUCACAGAGGUACUUUAAUUUUCACCGUGCUAAAUUUCUAGAUGACUGAAUAGUGAACAGUGCAGACCUAGAUCAGAUUUUGAAACAAUCUCACAGAAAUAGUCUUUGGCUGAUCCUCGACUUUAAAAUUGUAGAAAGCCAUUUUAAUUUGUCAAUAAAAACACACACAAAAAACUACAAAAAAAAGAAACAAAAAACAUGGCUUCAGGGAGUAGGGACUAGUUACAUUAAUGUCUGGUUGCAAAUGAUGCAUUUGAAAUCCAUUAAAAAAAAUUUCAUAUUGUAUAAAUUAUGCAUUGUUGUCUUUUUACUUUCUGCUUAAUGUAUUCGUGGCUUCAAGUUUUGAGUGAAAAGUAUGUGUUUUCAGUACUUUAAUCUUUUUAUAUGAAAGCAUUUACAAGAUUUACAAAUAUCUCACAGUUUGAACUUUGCUUUUGUAUAUUUGGAAAUUUGUAGUCAAAUAUUAUUUACUGUUUGUUAUUUAGAUCAAAUACAAUGUACAUGAAUUCACACUCAUUUUUGUGUAAUAGUACAUUAUUUAUUUCAUUGUUAUAACAUUAUUCAUUUUGAAGCAAUUUGUGCCUAACAGUAAUCUCAUAUUUAAUAGUUUCUGUAGAUACAGUAAAACUUCGUUCACUCAAACUCGGCAGAACCAGCAAAAUUUGUUCGCGUUAUCAGUUGUUUGAGCCAAUAAACAUAAUGCAUUAUACAGGGAUUAUGCCAGGACCUGAUGAUGAGUUAGAGCGAAAGUAGGUGUACAAAUUUUCCGAGUUUGAGCGAACAGAGUUUUACUGUAUUUCAGACUUGAAAUGGAUACACACCCAGUUUACCAAAACUAUCUCAGCUUAUUCUACCUCGGAUGUAGAAGCUUCUUUUAUUUUGUUUUUGACUUAUGUUAAAAUGAUCUGUUUAAUAUUUGAGUUUACUGUACUGAUGGCUAUUAAAAUAAUGCACCUUCACAUUUAUACAUGUAGGUGUCAUUAUGAAGACUAUCAUAGUGGUAAGAUAUGUGGAUUAAAAUCAUUAUCAUUUCAGUAAAUUAUUUUUUCUGCUCUUUCAAUAAGCCUUGAAUGAACAAAGAUAUUUUUUCUGAAAAAAAAUUAAAUAUGUGCGCCAAAAAUGGACAUUAAAAUGUUUUUUGGAAGUGAUAAUGGCUACAUGACUAUAUGUAAGGGUUUUUGUAAUUUUCUUUAUUAUUGUUUGAUGUAUUUGAUCAUGUUAUAUGUUAUGAGAAAGGAAAGAAUGCUCAAAAUAUUUUAUUUGAAAACAAUCAAGAGUUUUUCAAAGGAUAAUCAUUUUGUAGGUUUUAUUUACGUUUGUGUACGGUAAUAGUGGAAGCAUAUAUUAGACUUCAGAUUUCCCUCACAUGCUAUAAAAGUGCUAAAACAGUAAACUAGUCAAAUUGUGAACAUUUUGUAAUUUCAAUGAAAACUAGAGUGUAACACCACUUGCUGGAACAUCUCUGACUCGGGCACCUGAGGGUUCUCUUGUGCAGUGCAUAUGGUUCUUGGCUAUUUUCCAUAUACUGGUACUUUGUUUGUUUUGUUGGAAGCCACAGACAUCUAAAACAUUUUGUUUAUACACUUGUGCCUCAGGUGAACGGUGUUUACUGUGUAUAGAAAUAGUGUAACUUUCAAAAGAUAGCUCAUACCUUGGUCCUCAAUACACGUAACUGUGAACGUAAGUUAUUUUGAUUGUAUUUAUUGGGCCACUAUGGCAAAGUGGUUAUAGUUACUGACUUUGAAUCACUUGCCCCUCACUGAUGUGGGUGUAAAACCUUACUUGGAGUGUACAAUUCUUUCAUGUAAGGAAGCCAUCCUGCUGGCAUAUGGAGGUAGGGCUGUCCAGUGCCUGAAAUAAUGCAAGGCGGGGGCACCUAGGGUCUUCAUUCACCAUCAAAAGCUGGAAAGUUACUGUUUGACCUAAAAGUGUGUAUGUGUUACCUAAAAUACCAACAAAUUAAUUUGAUUAAGUUGAAAUAGAACCAGAAUUGAGCUUCUUCCACCUUAUGUAUUUUGUUUCGAGAAAUAUUUAAAAGUAUCUUUUUAUCAAGACAUCAAAAACAGGACAGAAUGCAUUUAAGGCAUUGCAUGUGAAAAGUUUGUAAGAGGAUUUGUACAAUUAUAAGAGUUAUUUUUGAAGCAUAUAUAUGCCAAAACAGAUGAGUAAGUGUAAGCAUUUAAAACUGAUAGAUUUGUUAAAACCAAGUAUAUGUCUGCAUAAUAAAAUUAGGUUAGUAUGAAUGUUUACAUAAUCAAUACUUGUUUAAGGCUUUGUUUUGAUAUUUUGUGGGAAAACUUAAUGGAUAACAUGUUAAUGUUUUCGAUCAAUAAAAGUAAUACAUGGA